AUGCCAGUACUGCGCUACGUCGCAGCAGGUUUGAGACUUGCUGGUUUACAAUAUCAAAGACGCUAUAACAGACUUCACAAAUCGAUUUACGGCCUGUCUUACGAUCUCCAUGUGUUGAACAGCUGCUAUGAUGUCAUUUCAAUAUAUUGUUCGAUGAAUUUCCUGUUUUCUAAUCUAGUGAGGAGGCAGUUGUCGCUGCGCUUUCCCUUAUUUUAUACAGAUGCGAGGAAUAUACCGGUAUCCAAACUUCAGCUGUGUAUAUCAUGCUUGGAUUUAUUCUGCUCAAUUCUAGUUGUAAAGCAGCUGCAUCAGUAUCGGAAGACACAGAACAUUAACCAAGGCGUGUCUUACCUAUGUUUAAUCACCAUAGCAUCAUCCCUCAUCUUUGGGGUUUUCACGUUUGCAUGCUCUACCUUGAACCUUCCAAUUGAUAGUGGCAGAUUUGGCGUCUUCUAUCUGGAGCACGUUAACUAUAUGUGGGUAAUAGGCACGUUGUUGUCUUCCCUGAAACUUUUCCCGCAAGUUACUCUGAAUUGGUCUGGGAUGUGCACACAAGGUCUUUCCUCAAAAUAUGUUGUUUUGACGUUAACCUCUGAACUGCUUGAAGCACUCGGGAUGGCUUUUUUUCAGCACCAACACUGGUUCGAGAUUCCGUUCAACUUUCGAACGCGCUAUGACCUCUCUUUCAAUAUUAUUUCCCUGGUUUGCAUCCUUUACCAAGCACAAUAUCUAUAUCUGGGAGCAAAGAGGCGUCUCCCUCGGAGAAAAAGGCGUUAA